GGCCGGAGCCGCUGCCGUUGCUGCGGCGGGCGCGGAGGUGCAGUCGGCGCUCCGGCCGGGACAGGUGCGUUGGGCCCCGUUGUUUCAGCGGUGACAGGUGCGGCGGGACCUCCCUAGUUCCGCCGGGACAGGGAUUUGGGGAGAUAAGAUGGAGCCUUCCCCGUUCAAUAGAAGGCAAUGGACCUCCCAGUCUUUGAAAAUCACUGCAAAAGAGCUUUCCCUGGUCAACAAGAACAAGUCCUCGGCCCUCGCAGAGAGGUUCUCCAAGUAUCAGAAAGCUGCUGAAGAAGCCACUGCUGAGAAGAAGAGAAGUAACACAGAAAACCUGCCCGCUCACUUUACCAGGGGGAAUCUGAGCGUGCUGAAGAAGAAGUGGGAGAAUCCGGCGCUGGGAGCGGAGCCUGGGAAGGAAGCGGUGCGGAGCAGCUGCGCUGAGGUGAGGCACAAGGUCGGGACCGGCCGCUCCCCUUCGCCAUCCCCGGGGGCUGGAGCUGCCCCUGGCCGGCCGCAGUGUCCCGCCGGUGACAGCACCGAGCCCCACAGCCGCUCCCGGGAGGGUGGCGGCACGGAAAACUGUGUGAGAGAGCCCCGUGAGAUGGAAAAGCCCGAAGGCGGCGAGAGGUCGGAGUCUCCGGGGAGGAUCGAGAAGUACAACGUGCCCCUGACCAAGCUGAAGAUGAUGUUCGAGAAGGGUGAAGCCCCUCAGCCCAAGGCAGCUGAUGGGAGGCUCUGUCCCCAGCAGGGCCCCCGGGAGCCGCGGAGGGCGGCCGUGGGCAGGAGGAUUUCGGAGAACAGCCUCUCCUUGGAGGACUGCGACGCUGCCCAGGGAGAGAGGAGCCACAGCACAGCAGGGUAUCUUGUAGAGACCAGUCCAGGACUCAGCCCAGACAAGGCAGAGACCAGGAAGAACCUGGACAUGCCCCGUUUAUCAGAGACAUCAAUAAAGGACAGGCUGGCCAAGUACCAGGCAGCUGUGUCCAAGCAGGGCAGUUCCUCAGGCAUCAUCCCCAUGAGUGAGAUUCAAGCCAGCGAGAGUGAACUCAAGGAUUACAAAUCUGGGCAGAAGGAGAAUAUGGCACCAGUUGAGGACUCCAGUUCCUGUCAGGAUGGGGAGAAGGUUUCUGUAGGUGAGAACAGCUUGUCUCUGCACUCUGGUCUGCUGGAGGAUGGCCAUGCUGGACAGUCAGAGAGCGAGGCAGAAGCUCAGAAACCUGUCAGCCCAAAGCAGCAGAACCUUGGUGCUAAAGCAGCCGGGCAGUCGGAGGCCUCCCCGCCGAAAGCCGUGAAGAAAUUCCAGUUGCCAAUGAAGGAAACCUGUGUUGGGUGUCAGAAGACCGUGUACCCCAUGGAAAGGCUCUUUGCCAACCAGCAGGUGUUUCACAUCAGCUGCUUCCGCUGUUCCUAUUGCAACAGCAAACUCAGCCUCGGGACGUACGCGUCUCUGCGUGGGAACAUCUACUGCAAACCUCACUUCAAUCAGCUCUUCAAGUCCAAAGGCAAUUAUGAUGAGGGCUUUGGACACAAGCAGCAUAAGGAAUUGUGGGCAGGUAAAACUGAAUGUGAAGAAUCCCCGGAGAAAACUGUCCAUGGUGUGAAUUCAUCAGACACUCCACAAAGCCCAGGAGUAGAGGAUGCCCCGAUUGCAAAAGUGGGAGUUCUGGCAGCAAGUAUGGAAGCAAAAGCUUCAGCUGUGCCUGAAAGGGAAGAAAGACCAGCAGAAACAAAAAAGCUCAGGAUUGCCUGGCCACCUCCAUCUGACCAAAGUAUCCAAGGAAGUGCCUUAGAUGAGGGCAUCAAAGUACUCAAACCCAAGUGGCCUCCAGAAGAAGAGAUUUCCAAGCCUGAUGUGCAGGAGGAUGUGGAUCUGGAUCUCAAAAAGUUAAGAAGAUCUUCCUCGCUGAAGGAGCGAAGUCGCCCCUUUACAGUUGCAGCCUCAUUUAGAACAAUAUCUGUUAAAGGUCAUAAACCAGAGAAUUCACCAUCUCCUUCUAAGGAAGAGAGAGAUACAUUGAAAAGGAGUGAGGAACUGGAGAGAGAGGUUGUCAUAGAGAAAAAGCAAAAGGAAAAGAAGGUGGAGCAUAGGAACAUCCAGAACGCUGGGGAGAAAAAUGUGGAGGAAGAAGGGGAAUUGUCUGGUAUCAAAACAGCAGAGCAGAACAUUGUAGAGAAUGGCCAGAUGAAUGCAGACACAGAUGAGGAAGAGCAUGCUACAGAGGAGCCAGAAAUUCCAAAGGAAGAACUUCUUGAACCAAAUUCUCCUAAACAUUCCAGCUUAGCCAAUGUUGUGACCGCUAAGGAAUCAUCUCCAAACCAGAAUCGCAAAUCCCAAGACGUUGGUUUUUGGGAGGGUGAAGACAUGGAAGAUCUGUCUGUGGAAGAACAGAUCAAAAGGAAUCGCUACUAUGAAGAUGAUGAUGAUGAAUAAAUCGGCCUUUUACUAGAAAACUUGCUGCAAGGUGCUGGGCCUUUUGAAAUGGAUAUUUUUAGCUUUAACAAACAGCUCUCCUGGAUGAAGUGAUGCUGCACUGCACAUCAGCAUUAAGGGAAUCUACCUACAAAUUAUCUCAUCUAGAGAACUCUGGAAGCCUGCAAAUUCUUUAGGUGCAUGGAACAAGUGUCUGGCUGUGGGACAGCUUCAGCAGGUAGUGUCUGUCCCCAGCAUGAGAACAGAGCUGUUCUCUGUCUUAUCCCUUUGAGCUUCAAUAGGUAUUUCACUAACCAUUUUUGGAAUUCCACUGUACUUGCCAUGCUGGUGUGGGACAGGGCUCUGGAACACACCACCCGUACCACUCCAAAUGCUACUGCAGUGCUUAGGGACCAACUUCAAAGGGACUUUCUGGCCUGCUUUAAAAUGGUCACUUAAUGCACUUUAAUACAUGGAAAGGGCACAACUGGGCUUUUUUUUUUUUUUUUAAAUAAUAAAAGCAUUUCUGUGUGUAGUGUCCAACAAGUAAAGCAUCCUAAACUGAGUGCAAUGUGAAUUUCUGUCUCAAACCUGCCUGUGAUCAGUUGAGGAGUCCCUGCACAACUGGAAUGGUGCCCGUUGUUGGAUCAUGUGUAUUUCAGUGCUAUCCCAGGAGCUGUGCUGGCUGCCAGGUCUCUGCAAAAGACAAGUGAACACUUUGGAGCAGCCUGCAGGGCAUUACUUCUGCAUUUCACACCCAUUUGAAGUGGAGUUUUUUGUUUGUUUUGUUGUCAUUUCUUUUUUUUUUACUUGGAGUUCUUCGUCAUCAUUUUAAACUGCAGAUAAGAUUUUUAAGGCCUUUUGACAACUCUGAAAUCCUACUUUUAUCAAGCUGCCAUAAAUAUUUUCCUUAGAGCUGUGAAAUUGUGCUGCAUUGCAAAAAUCUCUGGAAUCAGUGACACUUUCCAAUUGCCAGUGUUGAAGAUCAGAACAUUUUUAAACUUGACUUCAUUUAUUUUACAAAUAAUAAAAUCUUGAAUGGGGGGAGGAGGAGGCCCCUUUUUUUUAUUAUUAGCUUUUAUUUGUACUGUAUUCUCAAGAGAAUUAGAUCUUAACGAUUCUUGAGGUGUAAAAUAUUCUGCUUUCUUAACAGUUCUGCUAAUGACAAAACCUUCAAUAAAGUUUGGGUCAUUUCCAUUA